GUCAUUCUGUAACUUGUGUUUUGAAUAGAAACUUAAAUUUUCAUAACAAUGGGCAACUUAGUUAAUGAAUUUAAUCUGGAAUCAGGCCAGAAUGUUUUAUUAGUAAAUAGUAGAGAAGCAGACUCAAGUGAUAUUGUAAAGAAAGUUGAAUCCAUUAACAAUUUCGUACAUCCUGGUGGUGUUGUCAAAGUUGAGAAUGUUGGGAGGUUAUCUUUAGGUGAUCAUAAACCUUCGAGUUUUGAUGUCAUUAUCUCAGAUGUUGUGGCUCCAAGAACUAUUCAACAUGACAGUGAUCUGUUUGAAGUUUAUCUUACUUAUUUAAAACCUCAGGGCAGAUUUAUUAUACAAGAAGCAGUAAAGUCUCUGGAUUCCUUAACAUCAAUUCUAAAAUUAAAUGGGUUCAGAAAUAUAUCUGAAUCUAAAAAUAUUGUUGUUGAUGAUGAUGAGAAAAGCAAAUUAUCAGAUGUUUUGAAGUCUGAAACAUUUCACCUUAUUCAGAUUGAAGGCCAAAAGCCCAAUUAUGAUGUAGGUUCAUCUGCUAAAAUUAAUCUCCCAGUUAGUGACAAUGUUGCUGCUGUUUGGAAAUUAGAUGACACAGUUGAUGAUGAUAUUAUAGAUGCUGAUGAUCUCCUUGAUGAAGAGGAUCUAAAAAAACCAGAUCCAGCAUCAUUAAAAGUGUGUGGUACAACUGGAAAAAGAAAAGCUUGUAAAAAUUGUUCCUGUGGCCUCGCUGAUGAACUUGAAAAGGAGGCCAGUGCUGUGAAAGAGACACCUAAAUCAUCCUGUGGCAGUUGUUACCUUGGAGAUGCCUUUAGGUGUGCAAGUUGCCCAUACCUUGGUAUGCCUCCUUUCAAACCUGGGGAGAAGAUUCAGUUAUCAGGAAUCCAGCUGAAAGCAGAUGUUUGAAGCAUAUGAAAACUUAAUGGAAUAAAAUAGCUCAUUUGUUUUUGUAAUUAGUAAAAAAUGAUUUCCUUUUAUCUUGAUGUGUAAGUUAUUCUAAUUAUGUCAAAUAUAAGUUAAAGGCUGUAUAAUUUUUUUCAAAAUAUAUUUUUCUUUAC